AUGGCGGCAUUGUGCCGAGAAUGCCUCCGAGAAAAAGAAGGCCAGGGGUUUCGAGCUCCACUUUCGUUGCUACAAAGUAGCUCUGCCGAGAAGGUAACAGUCAUUGUCUCAUUCGUAAAAGCUUUGUCUAGCACUAGCACUAACUUGUUAUUCCUCUCUACUCUAUAUUUCUUCAGGUCCACUUGUGAUUCUGCCGCCGAGAAAAAGAAGGCCAAGGUUUGGGAUCAUCUGAAGAAGUUUGAAACCGGUAAGUAUCUUCACAUUAAUACAUGCCUUCAUUGA